AGACAGCAGUUGGAAGUUGGCAGGUGGAGAGGCAGGAUUCAGAGCCAACAUUUCGCAAACUUCGAGAAGAGGACUCCACUAGCCAUGGCCGAGCCCCUCUUGUCCGAGCACCAACACCAGCCUCCAACUAGCAACUGUGCAGGUGCUGCCGCGGUCCGGGAGGAGCAGAAGCCCGAGCGGCCCCCCGGCGCGGAGGAGCGGCUGCCCGAGGAGGACAGUAGGUGGCAAUCGAGAGCGGCCCCCCAGCCGGGCGGCCGUCCGGGGCCGGAGGGGGAAGGGAGCCCGCAGCCUCAGGCCUGCCUCGAACCCGGCGAGAAGAGCCAGAACGGGGGCGACCUGUCCGCGGCGGGGGAGCCGCGGGCCGAGGCGUGUCGGGACUCCGAGGCCGACAAGUUGGAGGCCCCUGCCGCCGGGGCCGAGGAGGCGUGGGGACAGCAGCAGCGGCAUCUGGGCAAGAAGAAGCACAGGAGACGCCCCUCCAAGAAGAAGCGGCACUGGAAGCCGUACUAUAAGCUGACCUGGGAGGAGAAGAAGAAGUUCGACGAGAAGCAGAGCCUGCGGGCCUCGAGGCUCCGAGCCGAGAUGUUCGCCAAGGGCCAGCCGGUCGCGCCGUACAACACCACGCAGUUCCUUAUGGAUGACCACGACCAGGAGGAACCGGACCUCAAGACCGGCCUCUACCCUAAGCGGGCCGCCGCCAAGUCCGACGACACCAGCGACGAGGACUUUAUGGACGAGGCGGGCGAGGAGGACGGGGGCAGCGACGGCAUGGGGGGGGACGGCAGCGAGUUUCUGCAGCGGGACUUCUCGGAGACGUACGAGCGCUACCACGCCGAGAGCCUGCAGAACAUGAGCAAGCAGGAGCUCAUCAAGGAGUACCUGGAGCUGGAGAAGUGCCUCUCGCGCAUGGAGGACGAGAACAACCGGCUGCGGCUGGAGAGCAAGCGGCCGGGCGACGACGCGCGCGUGCGGGAGCUGGAGCUGGAGCUGGACCGGCUGCGCGCCGAGAACCUCCAGCUGCUGACCGAGAACGCACUGCACCGGCAGGAGCGCGCGCCGCUGUCCAAGUUCGGGGACUAGGCCGAAACUUCCGGGGAGGGGGCAGAGGGGACUUUUUACAGUGAUGGAAUGUAACAUUAUAUACAUGUGUAUAUAAGACAGCGGACCUUUUUAUGACAUAAUCAGAAGAGAAAAUCCCCCGGCUUUGGUUGGUUUGGUAAAUUUAGCUAUGAUGUAGCUUGCGUGCUUUCUCCUGUUCUUUAAUUAUGUGAAACUGAAGGGUUGCUUUUCUUGUUUCCUUUAUAGAAUUUUUUUUUAUUAUUGUGUAAGUAAUUUGACCAAGGUAUAAUGCGUCUUUCUGUUUAAAAAAAAAAAAAAAUCCCCUCCUUAAAUGGAGCUAUAAGGUGGCCAAAUCUGAGAAUUGAUUACUUUACUCUAGUUAUAAUAAAUUUAAUAUUUGUAAAUGUAA